CGUGGGAGUGGGUUGAAAGGAAGCAAGAGGGUACGGGGUAGUUCUGGGUAAGGCAGCAGUCGCCCCAAGCUAACAAGUAGUUAAGAGACACCAGACCCCACAGUUAGAAUGGCCCAAUACUCUGGUUACGCAGCUUUUCUAGGAGCUUAUGCACAGCAACCAAGCCAGACACCUCUUCCACCCCCACCCCCUCCACCCGCUCUGACCACACCCGCCUUAGCUCUACCGCUGAAACCACAAGGUGGGGAGUGUUACACAUGCGGUGAGUACGGGCACUUCGCAAGAGACUGCCCGAACAAGAGGUACGGGAGGGCUUGGGGAGGGGUGCAGCAGCAGAAUAGUCAGAUGCAAGCUCCUGCAGGUAACGGCGGGUACGGGCAGAACACUCUUUAUGGAGGAGGGCGUACCCCAGGGAGCUGGCCGAGGAAGGAAGACCCCGACGAUAGGAUUAGUAAAUUGUUCGCCUUUGUCGAGAGUCAGCACCAGGAGAAGGAGGAGCUACGGAAAGCGGAGCUAGAAAAGAAGCUUCUUGAAGAGGAGAAGAGGAAACUUGAUGAAGCCAAGCAAAGGGAAGAGACAAAACGGAGGAGGACUGAAGAGUUGAUAGAUGCAAGAGCGGCCCAAGCAUUCAAUAGGCAGCUGCAGCAGCUUGAAGAACGGAUUAAAGGGCACGUACAGUCGACGAUCGAUGCCAGAUUCCCGACCCCAGACCCGAGAGAUGUGGUUUUGCGUAGUGAACUGCAGCGAUACAUGCAAGACUCCGCUCCUAAGGAGAGAUGUGGACCACGGACCGUGAUCACCCCUGGUUUGAAGAGAAGAUUGGUGUUGGACGAUGAAGUGUUGCAGCCAGUGGACCAGACAGGCUGUAUCAACCCACCGGUGACGAGGAAGAGAACAACAGUGACACGAGGGAAAGCGCCUGCUAGAGAAGACGAAGAGCGGAAGAAAGGCGCCGUGGCAUCUUGUUCGAAACCGAGUGUCAUAGACUUUGUGCUCGAACUGAAGGAGAGCUUGCAAGCGAAGAAAGUCCCAGAGUUGAAGCAGAUGUGCAGGAGUAAGAACAUUAAGUUUAUUGUUAAGGGCCUGGCAGUUAAGGAGCUAGUGGCGUUAGAAACCAGGCUAGCGUACGAAGGUUGGUUAGAUGGCGCAGACAGUGGAGGAAACAAGAGAGAAGAUGGCUCAUCGGGUGUGGAAGCGGCAGUACCGAAAAAAUGACGGUGUCCACCCCCAGCGAAGCAGCUCUGGGCCAGGAUGCUUUUAUUCAUGGGGCUGAGAGAUGCACUCUGGGGGAACUAUGGCAUGACCAGGUUUAAGAUCACGAUUGAGCAGGCGAUCAUCGCUGUGUUCCUGCUCCUAACACUUGCGGGGCAGAUCCCUUGGGCUCUGAAGCUUCUCCUACUUGUACCUAAAGAUCAUGACUUUUUUGAUUUGAGUGGACCGAUAGUGUACUGCCUGGUGUCACCAUGGUGUAAGAGGUUGUAUGUAGGACAGACUGUACGAGGUGCAGGGGAGCGGUGGUGGGAGCACAUACGGUGUGCAGAAACAAGGAACAAAGGGCAUGCCCCGAG